AGGACCGCACUGGGAAAGGGGUGGGGGUGGGGGGAGUAGGAGGGAGACUCAGGGUAAGGAUGGCGGCACAAAUUCCGCUUGUGGCCACUACUUUCACUACCGGGCGAAACAGUAAGAAGAGGCCGGCCAGCCCUUCUCAUAAUGGCCCGGGCAGUGGGGGCUACGGCGCCAGUAAGAAGAAAAAGGUAUCCGCCUCCAGCUUUGCACAGGGUAUCAGCAUGGAAACCAUGAGUGAAAGUAAAAUGGCGUCCUCAGAGUUCGGCACAGGACCGGUGGAAAAAGGUGUGAAACCUUUGCCAUUUAAAGAUCCCAACUUUGUGCACUCUGGCCACGGUGGUGCAGUAGCUGGCAAGAAGAACAGAACCUGGAAGAACCUGAAACAAAUUCUUGCUGCUGAAAGGGCAUUGCCGUGGCAACUGAACGAUCCAAACUACUUCAGUAUUGAUGCUCCCCCAUCCUUUAAACCAGCUAAGAAGUACUCUGAUGUUUCAGGUCUCCUUGCCAACUACACAGACCCCCAGAGCAAGCUAAAAAUGUUCAGCAGCAGUGAAGAGUUCUCCUACAUCCGGAGGCUGCCCUCUGAUGUCGUCACUGGCUACCUGGCCCUGAGGAAGGCCACAAGCAUCGUUCCCUGAGCCUGAGAACUGGAGACGAAGCGCAAACCAUUUCAUAGACAGACUUUGGGCUCGUGACUCUGCUUCAUGGAAAUAGACUCAUUCUGCUGUCAGUCGUAAAAUGCCAGUGCUGUGCCUUGGGAAGAAUGUUUGGCUUUAAUUUAAGGAUUGUUUUUUUCUAUGUUUUCCCUCCAAGUGUGAUAUUUCCUGUUGAAUUAAAUUUUACUUCAGUUGUU